AUGCUCAUCAUAUCUUGUGGUAUUGGGGUAUUUUACGGAUAUUUCGGAGAAAAACAAAUGACAGGCGAUGACUUUCUUCUUGGUGGGUCAUCUAUGGGAACGUUUCCGAUGGCACUUAGUUUAGCGGCGAGCUUUAUUACAGCCAUUGAGUUGUUAGGAAAUCCGGCGGAGAUGUUUAUAGCCGGUGGUCAAUUUUGGAUGAUUUGUAUAGCUUUUGUCCUUACUGUACCAGUGGCAAGUCAAUUAUAUUUACCAGUGUUUAUGAGGCUUCGACUGACAUCAUGUUACGAAUAUUUGGAGGUACGAUUUUGCAAGUCAAUGCGUGUGUAUGCAAGCGUUCUAUACAUGUUGCAAAUGAUAUUGUACACUGCAGUUGCAGUGUAUGCGCCAGCCCUAGCACUUUCAGACGUGACAGGACUAAAUACAUAUUUAGCGGUGUCUGUGGUAUACAUAGUAUGUAUAUUCUACGCUUCCCAGGGCGGUAUGAAAGCUGUUAUAAUGACUGAUACAUUUCAAUCAGCCGUACUGAUCGGAUCAUUAGCUGCCAUACUAGCUCUCGGUUCGGCACAAACCGGUGGCUUCGAUUAUAUUUGGGACUACGCACAACACACCGACAGAUUGCACUUUUUUGACAUGAAUCCCGACCCUACAGUACGGCACUCCUUUUGGUCGGUGGUUGUGGGUGGUACCAUGUACUGGGUCAGCAUGUUCUGCGCUAACCAAGCGUCGGUGCAGAAAUACUUAUCAGUGGAGCGCAUAUCUCAGGCUCGAGUCGCGUUAUGGGUAUCAGCUAUUGGCCUAGUAUCGGUGUACUCUGUUAACUUCGCUACCGGAGCCCUUCUUGCAGCGCACUACGCGGGAUGCGAUCCCAUUGAAUCUGGACAAAUAAAUGCUUCUGACCGACUUCUGCCUCUAUAUGUCGUAAAACAGCUGGGUGUGUAUCGCGGCGUUCCAGGAUUCUUUGUGGCGGGCAUUUUUGCAGCAAGUCUUGGAACAGUAGCAUCAGCACUAAAUUCCUUGGCAGCUAUUGCAUGUCAAGACUUGGCGUCUGGUUUAUUUGGUAUCACUUUGCCAGAGAAUAAGGGCGCGGCUAUUGCAAGAUGGGUGUGCCUGGGAUGUGGUGCAUUGUCUUUCGCGCUUGUGUUCGUGGUGGAGAGGUUGGGCCCUGUACUUCAGUUGGCCCUCUCAUUUAAUGGAAUGACGGGAGGUGUCACCUUAGGACUCUUCAGCCUCGGAAUGUUGUUCCCAUGGGCAAACGCCAAGGGAGCGGUUGCGGGCGGUGUUUGCGGAUUGCUGCUGGUGGUAGCGGCGGGUGGUGGUGCUCAGUACGCCGCAGUGCCAUUACCAAGGCUACCUGCCUCUACUGACACCUGCCCCACCACCUUAAAUAUGACAUCUAAUUAUGACCCUACAGAAAAUCAUGACAGGGCAGUAUUUUGGUUAUUCAAAGUGUCAUAUCUCUGGUAUUCUGGACUGGGUUGUGUUGGCACUCUGAUAAUUGGAUUAACGGUUUCCUUGAUCACUGGUAUGACUGACCCCGCUGAUGUUCCCAUUGACCUCAUAUCGCCUCCGGUUGUCAGCUUCCUAAACUCAUUGCCGAAUAAAGUUAAGAAAGCGUUGCGUGUUCCGACUCGUCUCGGUUCGGAGCGUCGUAGAAGUUCGAGCGUCCGACCACCGAGUCUGUCCGACGACAAGGACACGAGACGUCGCCGACGGUUGUCCGAGUUGGCGGGCGGCGUGUUCUACAGCGAUGCACCCACACUCACUCGCGGCCACGACAACCUCGCGCUCGGCCUUGACUCAGAAAAACCGCCACCUCAGGAACCCAAGCGAACGAGUUUCAAAUUCGACGCACCCUUAAAUCCUAAUUCCCCACAAACAUCGUCAUGCUGA